AUUUGCAAACGGUGCAUUUUGUGUUUCUGAACGAGUGAAGGAGAAAAUAACGAUCUGAACUUUGUCUGGGGCAACAAGUUUUUCAAAAAGUUUUUCAAAACGUUAUUCGCGUCUGUUGAUGCGAUAGGGGACAAUUACAUCAAAAUUAUUCAAAAAAGGCGUUGCCAUGAGCUCCACUUCGUCUCCGGUUGGCCCAACCCCGAUGGAGAUUCGGGACGAUUCUAAGACUCCCACGCACCAUCUCUCGUUCAAUGGUGGCGAAGAUAGGGACAACUCUCCAGCUCCUAACAGAGCUGACGGUGAGCCAGCGCACGGAAAGAGAUCGGAGGGAGCGUCAGCCAGUACACGUCCGGACGAGGUUGAGGUGGACGUGGGAGCUUCGGAAAGGAAGAAAGAGGAGCGAGGAGCGGACAGGUUCUACGUCGGAGGGUAUGCCGUUGGCGGGAGCAAGGAGAACCGGGAAAGGCUGUCGCUGCUGGACUCUCCUCUCUUCCGAGCUGUGGGCAACGCGGACGCGGAUGCAGUGGACGAUCUCUACAAGAAAGGUGACGAGCGACGGUCAAGGCAGCCAGACAUUGAGCCUCCUCCCCUCGCAGACCCGCAUCAGAUCCUCAAGACAUACGACUGGGGCUGGUCCAUCAGCCACUUCGCGGCUGCUACUGGAAUGUACGAGAUCCUAGAGUGGACGGCCGAGAGGAGGGAGACGAAGGAGCUUCUCACGAGGGUCAACGACUGCGGGCUAACCCCAAUGCACUAUGCUGCUGCUAACGGACAAUAUGACGCGCUCGAGUUUCUGGUCCGAACUGUCCCUGGUUCUUGUUUCUCCCUCCGCAAAGCUCAAGGCUCUGACCGCACCCGCCUCAGAAUGCAUCUUCGCCGAGUGCAACGACGGCAGGAAGCCCAUCGACAUCGCGAGGAAGGGCAAGUGCAAGAGGCUUCUGACCGACACGCUAGCCAAGAGCGUGUUGAAGAGAAAGGCUUCCCCCGAGGGCCUCAAACUUCACAUGAGGUGCUUGUGAUUCCCGUCCUCCUCCUCCUCCUCCUCCCCUCCCCCUCCUUCCUUGCUGACCCCGUGACUCUUCCCUCCUCCGCCUUCACAUCCUCCUUUCCUCUUCUGGCCUCCUUCCUUGGCCCUCAUGCUGAAGCAGGAAAGGAGAAGAGAAGCCGAGCAUCCCUCCCCUCGACCCCGAUGAUCGCAUGGCCAACUCCGCCGGCUGCAGCUGCUGCUUUUGGAGGCGAAAGCCAGAUCGCGUGCCCGUCCUUCGCAAACAGGCAGUGGCGAAGGAGGAGAAGAAAGAUUUCCACGACAACGCCUUCUCAGUCAGCGGGCGCGAUCGUUUUCUCAGCGGGGGGCGAGAGAGGUUCCAUUCGGGCCGAGGGUCUUUGCCGGAAGAGACCAUCUACUAGGGGCCCCGGCAGUUCCUCCGCGCCUUCUAUAACAGUUUGCAGAGCUGAAAUAUUUUUCCUCCUUUACGUUACUGGGUUUGUCAAGAGUUGGGACUAGGGCGAUGGUUCAACAUGUCAGACUAUCUCAUUCAGAUUUGUAUUGCUGAGCUAUGAACAAAAAAGGCAUCCAAGCACU